AGUCUAGAACUAGUUCACCUGUCAGCCUGCCGCUAAAUAUCCUAAUGACAUUAGUUAGACAAGCUACAACUUUUCUUUGUUUGGUUUUUAAGUCCCAUACCUUUUAUCGACUGUUCAACGCGGAACGGGACUGGUAACCCACGCCGUAAAAAAUGAUUAUGGAACCUUUAGGGAAACGUUAUCUAUUUUCAUGGCUGUUUGUGGCUUUAAGUCUUCAGGUGUCGAGUUUACAUUUUGCAGUAGCGACUUACUACACAGCCUACCUGAACGUGUCGUUUAUUGAUCCUGCAAACAACGAAACCAUAUCGCGACAAGGGGAAAGCGGACUAACGGUAUAUGGACAAGAUUCUCCUAAAGUUACGGUGAUGGGGGACGUUUAUUUACCUGAUCCGAUUUACAGUUGCGAAAGUGAUACUUUCUAUGAUGUGCCUAGUGGGUCGAAAGGGUGGAUCGCCAUAAUUCAACGUGGCAACAGAUGUACUUUUUCACAGAAGAUCAAUGUUGCAGCCAGUAAAGGAGCUGUUGCUGUUGUAAUUUUCAAUGGUCUUGGUACAGACAAUACAGUCAUCCAAAUGUCGCACCCAGGAACAGGAGAUAUGGUUGCCAUCAUGAUUAGUCACAGACGGGGCAUGGAAAUUGUUGAGCUGAUCAGGCAAGGGAUUCCAGUCUCGAUGACCAUUGAGGUGGGCAAGCAGCAUGGUCCCUGGAUGAGCCACUACUCGGUCUUCUUCGUCUCCAUCUCCUUCUUCAUGAUAACAGCAGUAACUGUGGGCUACUUCAUCUUCUACUCGGCCCGCCGCCUCAACGCUGUUCGUCUACAAAACCUUCAACAGAAACAGCUGAAGGCAGAGGCCAAGAAAGCCAUUGGUCAGCUGCAAGUCCGGACCGUGAAACGGGGAGAUAAGGAGACUGGGCCUGAUGCUGACACCUGUGCAGUGUGUAUUGACGCUUACAAGUCUGGCGACGUGCUGACCAUUCUCACCUGCAAUCAUUUCUUCCACAAGACCUGCAUUGAGCCCUGGCUAAUGGAGCACAGGACCUGCCCCAUGUGUAAAUGUGACAUCCUCAAGGCCUUGGGAGUAGAGCAGCCGGAAGAGGACCAGCCCAGUCAUCAGUUGAACAUGCAGCCAGACAUGACGUCCUACCCCAGGGUUCUAGUCCCAGAGGACACCCGCAGUGAGACAGCCUCCGCAGGCUAUGCUUCUGUACAAUGCACAGAGGAGCACAGCAACCCAGCAGAUGAGACCCACGUGUAUGAGACGUUGGGGCACCAUCCUGGCCCAGGGUCAAUCCAGGUGGACAUCCUCCAGCCCCAUUAUGACAACCUCGCCUUUGAGGGCAACUCACGAAACCAACGGGAACCCCUAACAUGAAUGGGAUGCUCACUCCAAGCACUAGAUGUUGGCUAAUGGGACUGGCACCACAAUCAAUUACAUUUGAAGAUGUUUCCUGUGGUCAUGAAGCAAGGGAAACCAGGAAUGUGGGUCUGAUAUUAUUCAUAGGGAAAGAGGGCUUGACCUAUAUAUGCAUAUCAAUUUACAUGAAAUUGAAGAGGCAAUCCUUCGAUGCACUUGUCUGAGUUUGGAAAUGGUACUGUCCAGUUUCAUUCUGAUUUAAUUGUACUUUUUAAUAAUAUGAUUUGUUAUUUGA